AUGAAGGAUCAAGGCAAGGUUGCUCGCACCCUUGGUGAUGCUGGGAGCGCCUUCUUAUCGCGGCCCCGAGGGCUAUGGGAGAGCGACUACCGCUUCGCGGUGGGUGGUCGUCUCAACCAGCUCGACACGCACUGUGUCCUGAAGCGCGGGCGUCUUCGGUCGCAUGACAAGUGCAGGUUUCCUGGUUGUUUCCUCUCUGAGACGCUGGCGCAUGUGCUCCACCACUGCGCCGGGACGAUGGACGCAGUGCGUGGCCGCCACGACGAGGCCCUCAAGAUCAUUGAGCGUGCUGUUGUGUCGUCGGCGAAGGACCGAACGGACCGGGUCGAGCUGAGGGUUAACCAAACAGUACCCUCGCUCCCCGGGCCUGCAUUGAGACCAGACUUGCAGGUAUACAACCACACCACACGCUCGGUGUCGGUUGUAGACCUGGCAGUGGCAUUCGAAGAUCAGGCGAAAGAAGACCCAAGGACGUCGACACUCGUGCGGAUUGCUGAGCUCAAGCGCACUAAGUAUGACUGUGUGGCAAAGCGGUCACAAGGAAAUUUCUAUUGGGACUUGGUUCGGCGAUCGCACGGAUCGCACGCUCCAGUUAAGCCAAGAAUGCUAUUAUUGGUGGAUACAGGACGGGACGGGUGGCUGGCAAUAGCGCACGCAACCUUUUGUGGACAGGAUCGUACAGCCUGGGACGAGGCUAUAGGGUGGUCACUUCCGUUUUGA